AUGGCCCCGAAUUCACCGCCUCCGUCCAUUUCACAUCUCAUCUCGUCUUAUCCGAUCUUGUCCAUCCUCGCGGAAUAUGUUUCAGCCCUGGACCUUUUUCACCUAGCUCAGACGAACCGUAACCACCAUGCCCACAUUCUCGGCUCCCGUACCAUAUUCGAAAAGCUGAGAAGUCUCUGUCUAUGUGAUGGCCGCGGCUUAGUGCAACGCCAAAACUUUAGCGGACGGUACUGUCCAAACUACUGGACCCUUCUCUGCGGCCUCCCUCCCAUGGUCGUCGGGGAUGAGGAAAUUGAAGUCAAAUUGUAUAACGUCAAAUGCGACGAGGCUGGAGCUCUACCCUGCCGGAGAUGUGGGAUCAACGUAUGUGAGGAGUGCAGGUACUACGACAGGCUUCUAUCCGUGGAGGAAAGCUAUGUCGAGCCGCGCUACAACUGGCGCCCUCUCAACAUCAUGUGUCUCUGCCGCGAUUGUGACUUCCAGCUCGAGAGUGAUAAUCGGAAGCUACAACUCAGCGACACAUGCGAUUGCAACCUAUGCCUAAGGUGGCUUUGUAUCAAAUGUGAAGACGCGCAGAGAAAAGAGACCACGGCGUAUUAUGACACGCGAACCAAAGAAGCGUCGGGCCAGAACAAUGUGCUCAACCAACCCGAGGAAUGGGGUCCUGACGAGGCCGCGGAGACCAAGCAACUUGAGAUAUAUGGCAAGUGGCGCAAUUUUUAUUGCCCUUGCGGUGCCGCCGUUGCGCAGGAAACCGUCCCAAGAUGCACUUGGUGCAGGCGCCGUGUCAAGAGCCAGGACGAAUGGUUAGAUGAAAGGAAUCAGCUUGCCCGACUUGACAAGCCGGGAGGUUCGUUCUAUGUAUGUUCAAGUCCACGAUGGAGAGGAUGGAAGUAA